CUGUCCUUUCUUGGUUUUCACUGACACCGCUGUCUCACCACAGUGAAGUGUAGUUGUACUUGCGAGACCCCAUUUGUUGUCCCCUGAUAUUAACUCUGUCGUUUGUUGAAAAUGCGUGGUUUUGACUUUUGCAGACGUGGUCGUUGUUUGCCGUUACCCGGGCGAGCCGCGCCGUCCGGGACGGCCGCGUCGUCCGAUCUCCCCCACGGAGAAGCAUCUGCAGAAGUGCGCCUUGUGCGACUACACCACAUCUUACAGCUCUCACAUGUCGAAACACCAGAGAAUACACACAGGCGAGCGUCCGUACAAAUGCGACUACUGCGCCAAAACCUUCAAUCAGAAGUCCAACUUGAUCACACACAUACGCGUCCACACCGGCGAGAGACCUUUCCAGUGCCACCUUUGUCCCUGGAACUCGGCGUGGAAAACCGAGCUUACACGUCACUUGAAAGCUCACAAGCGCAGGCAACAUUUGUCUGAGGGUGCACGUACGUGUACGCCGGUGCUGGACACAAACAUUGUGUCGCACCACAGUGCUGGUCAAGUGUCAAGGCUCUUGAUAAUUGCCUCCGAACAAGUGGAUACUUCAGACAAUGAAGUAUCCAGCAUUACACUCGUCUUUUGCUUAACAUACGCCAUUUUAACUUGCGCAGACUUGGUUGCCUUAUGCCAUCACCCUGGCCAGUCACCUCAUCUCGGCUCACCAAGAGAAAAGCGUGUGUGGAAGUGCCUUGUGUGUGGCUACACUACAAGUCACACCUCUAACAUGUCAAAACACCGAAGAAUACACACGGGCGAGUGUCCGUUUAAAUGCGGAUACUGCGGCAAGGCCUUCAACCGUAAGGGCAACUUGUCCACGCACGUUCGCAUCCACACCGGCGACAAGCCUUACCAGUGCCACCUGUGCCCCAUGGAGUUUGUGCAGAAGGCCACCCUUAUCCGCCAUUUGUGUACUCACAAGAGCAGAAACUUUUUGCCUGAUGAUUAAACUAUGACAGCGAACAUUGAGAAAGCAUAUGAUACGUGCAUCUCAUUCUGUGGCUUCAGGUGCUGAGCUACAGUGGCUAAAAGUUGGUCUAUGCCCCUGUGAAAUCUGACCCUGAGCCACUUUAACAACAGCGAGGACAUGGAUGGUCCUUGGACAACCGCAAGCAAGGCACAAAGUCUCACUGUUUCUAAUGAAGUAUACCAGCUGGCUGUGUGUAUGUUAUGUGCAAGUGAUGUACUGAUAUCCAUGUGUUUAUGUAGUAUAUG